GGCACUCUCUGGCACUCUUCGUCAACCUUCGUCACCUCGACUUCCUCUCCCUUUCUUUCUCUACGUACGAAAGCGCGGAAGGAGCUCAAGUAUGGCAGUCUCAACUACGGCCUCGCAGGAGGAGAUGAAGCAGUACAAGCUGCCUAUCGGAUUUAGGGAUCGGUGCUCUGCACUUCUGAUCCCACUCAAUGUCUGCCGGAAAGACUCGUUCUACUUGCCAUGGAAGUGUGAAGACGAGAGGCAUGUGUUCGAGAAGUGCCAAUAUGAAGAUUACCUGAGGCGGAUGAAGGCAAACUCAAAGCUGAAACAGCAGAUGGCGGACGAGGCGGCGGAGGUGUAGAUCUUGAUGUAGGCGCGCAGUUCAGUGAAAUCUGUCCGUCUGGACUUUCUCUGUUGAGACAGGCAAGGAAUACGUUGAGUUUCCUUCCGAGUAGGAUCCCGCAAAUAAUUCCCCAGAUCUUUCCUCACAAAUGUGAAUAACAUCCGGGUCGAGUCCGGACACAUUCUUAACAAUUAUUAACACCUGCUAUGAACACAUUAAGAAUUGAUUUAUUGCUGUUUGC